AACUCGUAUGUGGAAGACAACAUGCUUCACCUAAGGGUAACUAAGUCAAACUACGGGUCCAAAAACCCCUUCUAUCUGGAGAACUGCACGUAUACGAAAAGCGAUUCCAAUCAAAGAUGUGGCGAAAAGAAGUACAGAUUGCCGUUUAGAAAAUUUAUGCCCCCCUUUGAUUCGGCAAAACUGAUUUCCAUUGAGACAUUUAAGUACUGCCGCAUAGACAUCGAAGCCAAGAUGCCCAUCGGAGACUUUCUAUUCCCAGGACUCACGCUGACUUCAGUUCAUCACGACGCCAUUCGAAUUGCCAUUGUCCGGGGCAAUAGGAAGCUAAACGAUUUCGCCAGCAACGAGAUCGGUGGCACAACCCUUUAUGCCGGGGCAAUCCUCAACGAUAACGGAGGACGCACCUACGAAUUGAAAGACUUCGCCAGCAGGGAGGAUCACUAUGGGAAUGACUUUCACACUUACACGGCCAUUUGGAAGGAGAAGAGCAUCACCUUUAAGGUAGAUGGUCGCACCUUUGCCCAGAUAUCAAACUCGACGGUAGUUCAAGAACUUAGUCAGACAGAGCGCCAUAUUGAGUUGUACCUCACCGUCGGCGGAGAGUACAAUUUUCCGGAUAACCGCGUUCCACCGGAGCAAAAGAGCUAUCGCAAUUUCGAGACGGGCCUAUCAUCGAAAAUUAAGAAGGCCAUAAACAAUUCUCCCACUUGGUACCAAACUGUGAUGGUCAUAAAAAAGAUAAAUGUUUAUUCUACCGAUGAGUACGAGGAAUGAAUAUGGCUGUGAUCUUAUUAAUCUAAAAUACUUAAUAACUAAAAAACUGUGAUCUUUGAAAACAAGUGCACUUGUAAUUUCGUUAAAUAAAAAAAACUAUAACUGGGCAAAAUAAUUAUAAGCUCUCAAACCAAUGUGACAAUGGUCAUUUCAUUUCAUUUUUACAUGAGAACAGCGAAAGAUUAAGAGCGUAUAUGCUAUACACCAGGGAGUGGAGUAACCCACAGGUUAUCAUAUUGACCACAGGACUGGAUUCUCCAGUAGCUUACGAGAAUCUAUAUAGAACGGCAGUUUCAUUUAGCCGCCAUGCGGAAAGGCUGUGUUCUUUUAACUUGGCUAAGUAGUCUUGUUUCCUUUAUGAUUGCGCUGGAGGUACCGCAUCCAGUGGUAAAUGCAAGGGGAAGGGAAGUUUCCAUAAUGUUACCCGGGGAGCUGGAAGGGAUCGAGUCAUUGUUCUUUCAAGCCGAGUUGGUUGACGGAGAGUGCGAUAACAAUGCUUAUUCUUUUGCAAACGAAAGCACAUGGAGUGUGAAGAUUGAGAUGCGAAAUUCCAUC